AUGGCUGAACUUCUGGGUGUGAUCGCUGGAGGUGCUGGAAUGGCUUCAUUGGCCAUUCAGCUCGGUGAGAGCGCUGUCAAGGCGAGAAGAUUGUACCACGCAGCGAGAGAUGCUCCGGAGACCCUUCAACACGUCACGUUUGAGAUUGAGACGUUCAGUCUCGUACUUCAUGAGAUUGCACGGCAUGGCCAGAGCUACGACUUAGAAGAUUCCGACACUCUCGUGCGAUGUGUACGGAUGUGCGAGCAGAGCGUCACGCGGAUCCGCAACGCCGUUAACAAACUGGAGUCACUAAUCAAUAGACAUUCACGCCUUGGCAAGCUGAGGGCUGCGGUAGAUGAGAAAGAGAUCUCCAAAGCUUGCACUGAUCUGGAAAGGGCUAAGACGACACUUGGCAUCGCAUUGCAGCUGUACAGUGAGUACCAGCGUGCAAAGGACAGAGCAAUCAUCCGUACUCGGAUCGACUUAUCGCGAAAUCCACAGGACGAGAGUUUGACGAUUGUACGUCCACACCAGGAAGAUUCAGUCGAGGAGCCAGACCUGGAUGACAGAAAUGCAGUCGAACGGAGACGGACACGCUUGAAUAUGUUUCGAGACGGACUAGCGUCCCCCUACGACCAUUCGCGUCUUGGCCACCAUUCGGUUUUGAAGGAUGCAAUGCGAUUGAGAAACCUUGAGCUUUGCCGCUUCAUCAUUCAAUCCCUCGACAUCGACGCCGUUGAUGUGUGCGAUAUACAUCAUUCCUUAGGAAACUAUGCGUGGAUCAGCCGAUUUGCAGACAACGUUGAACCUGAUGAAAACCGCUCGGUCGAUAUGUAUCGAUUGUUGAUCGAAUGCAUGGAUCUGACGGAGGAGACCUUUCUACACGGACAAUGGUGGGAAUGGAUUCGUAAUUUACAGUGCAUGAAACUAGCGCAAAAUGCUCUGCUGAGGCCCUACAUGGACCUCGCCUGGCAGACCCGCUUUGAACAUGCCAUGGAGCUGGCGAUAUCAGACCUCAAUUUAACAGCCGAAAUGUUCCUCCAGCCCCUAGCCUGCGAUUUUUCCGAUGCUCAAUUAGCUCGAGCAAAGAGCGGAAACGGACUGACGGUUCUCCACGCCAUCGCCACGGCUGCGGGUUCACGAACGUGGGCGCAGCUGCAGGCGGGUUCAUGGGUCGAGUUAGCACGCGGCUACGUUACUAAUGGUGGCUUCCUUCUCCCUCAAGGUAUGGCCGGCUCAACACCUCUUGAGCACGUGCUAGAUGGAAGAGGUCUCAUUUGGCACCGCAUCCGGUGUGAGACCACGCGCCUUCGAACGUGGGUCCACAUGAUCAAAGUCAUUGGCAUUGACCUUGUACUGUACGGCCAAGAAGAGAGAGCUAUUUGGCAAGCGAACAUUCAUCGGAGGAGAACAAAUCCGGUCCGUGAAUACGACCACAGGCUUGUCGAUGAGUGGUCCUUCGGCCCUAAUCUUGAGGAUUGGUCUUUGAAGUUCCGCAACGUGUCCUAUGUCCCUAUCUACGAGGCUCUGGCCGCACCUGGUAUCCCAGGCAUGUGGGAUGCCGCGCUCGGCGACCUGGAAGAACGUCCUGCAACCAUACCUUGGACACCUUUGCCAGAGGAUGACUCGGCCUUGCCCUUCCUCUCAUCAUGGAAGCGGGUGCGAAGGAUACGACUAGAGUCAAAUCCGUUCCUCGCACCAGAGCCAAAAGAAGAGGACAUGACUGAGUCACACUAUCAUUCCAUCGCCGCGAAGACUCAAGACGAUAACUCAGAAAUCAUUCGUCUACUGGAUGCAAGCCGUCAUACAAUCAGUCGCCCACGCAGCCAAAGCCAACCGCCCUUGCGAGACCAACGUGACGCAUCCCAGACCUUCGAUCGCAUCCCUCACCAUAGCUGGCUACCGGCCUAUCAUAUCUGUGUGUGCGACUCGAAACGAAGGCUCGCUCCUUGCUAUACUAACGACAAGGACACUUGGCUGGCCGCUUUCCGGAGAUGCAUGCAUGGACAUCACCAGAGGGCCAACUUCUGGAAGGACAUCGAACGUCGUGUGCGGCACUUCCGACGGCAGUAUCAAACGAGGGAGGAAUUGCGGAGGUUGCCAUAUGAUGUGUAUAGGUGUAAAGAUUGGCAGUAUGGUGAUUGGUGGGAGGUUACGGAGAGCAUUCGUGAAGGAUAG